GAGUAAAAUCAAGGCUAUGGACAACACAUACCGUCAACUACCCUUUUGAGAUGAUUGGUCAUAUCUCACAGACGCAACGUGUUGUGUCACGUGGUCACUGUGCGAUGCUCUGUGAAGCAGAGGAGAUGUGUUACAUGUUUGAAUAUGAAGACAUAACCAGCAAGUGUAACGUGUUCAAUGGAUUCCAACAGCAUAUUGGUAACGAGACAUUCCCUAAUGGUCCACGUACAGUAUACAAAGACAAAGAUCGAUGUGCAAGAACAAGCUACACACUGGUUAGAGACGGGCUUAUGUGUUAUAAAGUUUACGAGGAACAAAAAACAUGGAAUGACGCAUAUCUCGCAUGUCAAAAUGACGGAGGUAGACUAUUUGUCAUCCAGAAUUUCAUGCAAAUCGAAUACUUACUUACAUAUGAUGCAGAUUCACUUGCAAAAAGAUUUGCAUGGAUUGGUUUGACAGACCAGAAACUCGAAGGCGAAUGGAUAUAUGUUGAUGGAACAUCUUUUAACGAGUCAAUAUGGCCGUUCGUCCGAUUUAACAAUAAAUGCUCCAGAUAUCAACUGAAUCAGGACGAAGCUGACUGUGCCCAUCUAAACGUAAACAAGAGAUAUAUAUACGAUUGUCAUUGCAAUGUAAGCAAGCCUUACAUAUGUGAACAUCCCCAACUUGUUUAAAUCAAGUCAGUUAAUGGUUUACUGACCAUCAAUCAAUAUCCUAACGGAAGACAGAAUAACCACACAGCAAAAAGAAGGACAACGUAAAUGUGUUCACAAAUAAGCCGGAGAUGAAUUGGUUUUUAUAUUUCAUUUAUUUAUCUUAUCAAGCAUUAUUUGCUAAAUUACAUACAUUAAAUAGUCAAAAUUAACCAUCAUUAUGCCAUUGUAUGCAGACUGUCGGACCUAAAGUUUCGGUUCGAGAGUAGAUUCUUUACAAAUGUUAGAACCGAAGCAAAACGAGAUAGGACAAAAGUCAUUAAUUAAAAAUAAACGCUAAAAUCCCAAUCGCAAGAGGUUACAAUAGUAAAUACCGGUCUAUCUUCUUCAGCUGUGGAUGUGACAGAAAUGUGACUGGCAGAAAACAAAAUAAUUAUAAGAAUUUUUCAUAUAAUCGGCCUGUUAUGCAGUCAUAAUAUCAUAAUAUGGACAAUGGCAUUACGUGUUGAAUUGAAAAUGGCUAACUACAUUUAAUUUUGUUCGACACAUUUGAAAACCUGUGAAAAUGUCAGUUUUCUCAAAUAUCAUGCAUUAUAAAUUGAUCAUUUCAUGUGAAAUCGUAUGAAACCCGCCUCAAAGUUUUCAA